AUGUCAAGAUACCUCGAAAAAUGGUUCCUGUCGGAGCGACCACCAAACUGUCAUGUAGCAGAUCUCGAAACAAGCUUUGAUCCAAAGAUUACGCUGCGAAAGUUGCAACGUUAUAAAAUGAGUGUGGCCGAUUGGUGCCAUUAUGGAUUUUUAGGAUCUGUAUUAUUAUUCGUAUUUAUAACGAAUCCAGCUCCAUGGUUCCUCAAAUUUUUGGCCUAUGCUUUCUUAGGUCUUCUAUUCAUCAUUCCAAUUACUUCACAGUUCUUUUUCAAUGCUUUACCGAUCCUUACGUGGGUGGCAUUAUAUUUUACGUCAUCUUCAUUUCCAGCAAGUAGUAGACCACCAAUCACUGUGAAAGUAUUACCCGCUAUUGAAACCAUUCUUUACGGUGACAAUCUGAGUGACAUUUUGGCAACUUCUACAAACCCAAUAUUAGACAUUUUAGCCUGGAUACCCUAUGGUGUUCUACAUUUUAGUGCUCCAUUUUUCAUUGCUGCUGUUCUGUUCGUUUUCGGGCCCCCAACUAUAUUACAGGGAUUCUCAUUUGCCUUUGGCUACAUGAAUUUAUUUGGCGUUAUCAUCCAGAAUUUUUUUCCAGCAGCCCCUCCAUGGUAUAAAAUCUUAUAUGGUCUCCAAUCAGCUCAUUAUGGCAUGCAUGGCUCGCCAGGUGGCCUAGCAAGAAUUGAUAAGUUACUAAAUAUUAAUGUUUACACACAAGCCUUUUCGAACUCAUCCGUUAUCUUUGGCGCAUUUCCGUCGUUGCAUUCUGGUUGUUCCACAAUAGACGCCCUAUUUCUUGCUUAUUGUUUCCCAAGACUGACACCUCUAUUUAUUGGUUAUGUGUGCUGGUUGUGGUGGUCAACAAUGUACCUAACACAUCAUUAUUUCGUUGAUUUGAUAGCAGGUUCAGUAAUAUCAUACGUUGUUUUCCAGUACACCAAGUACUUUCAUUUACCAGUAGUUGAUGUGGAUUUAUUUUGUAGAUGGUCGUAUAGUUCCAUUGAGAAGUAUGAUAUGGUUAGAUCUGAUCCAUUACAAGUCGAUUCUAAUGAUGUUGAAAGUGUCCCAUUACAGGCUAUGGACUUGGGUAUUGAAUUAAACAGAAGAGAUACAAGAGAAGGCACAAAUAGCCUAAGCCCAUAUAUUUUUGAUAGAAAUGAUAACUCAUCUGCUACGUCUAACACGUCUUUGGACUUACAAGGUGAUUUGCUUAAUCCAACCUCCAGAUUAGGUAAACAGCGUGUUGAUUAA